AAUUAUUUUCUGAAAACUAUCAAACUGAUAUGGAUAAAUUGCUUUCUGAAAACUAUCAAGCUGACACGAAUAAAACUGAAUCUGAAAAUCAAAUCAAUAUUGGUGAUUCUUUCUUGUCAUAG